CCGGAAGGCAUUUUGUGCAGCACUACACUCUUCCGUGUGUACGUCUGUUAUGCCACCGGCUGAAAACAGUUUACAAAUCUUGAGUUUAAUUCUCUGCGUGGUUAAAAUGUCAGACAACUUGUUGCGGUGGUGUCUGGAGGAGUUACAGCGCACGUUUGCUUUGGAGGCGUCCGAAGACAUCGUCAAAUACAUUAUAUCCAUCGAAAAAGCAGAUGAGAUCGAGGAGUAUGUGGGCGACCUUCUCCAGGGCACAGAUGGAAGGAAAGGACAAUUCAUUCAAGAGUUCCUCUCCAGAUGGAAGAAGACUCAAAGACAGGCUGGCGAUACCUCUGGUCUUUUCCUUUUCAAAGAGUCGACUUCAGCAACAGAAUUGGACCCACAAGACACAAGCAAGGAUUUCCAGAAGAAGUCUAAACGGAAGGGUCGCAACAAACAUGAGGUGUUGGCUAUCAGUCAAACAGACCCUGAGCCAGAGGCAGUCAAAACCCCCAUUGAUCUGAUGAGGGUUCAAGAAGGCAGUUCUUCCUCAACAAAGAAGAAAACUAAGUUUACGAGCCUCUAUGGCAAAGAGGGACAGGACAAGCUGACGGUGAUACUCCCUGGCCGACACACCUGUGACUGCCUUGCUCAGAAGCACAGACUUGUCAACAACUGCAUCAGCUGCGGUCGGAUUGUAUGUGAGCAAGAGGGAUCUGGGCCCUGCCUCUUCUGUGGUAGCCUGGUCUGCACGAAAGAGGAGCAGGAGAUCUUGUUACGAGAUUCUAACAAAAGUCAGAAAUUAAGGAAGAAGCUUAUGGGAGAUUGUAGCGAAAGAGACUACCUGGCACCCCAAGAAGCCAAGAUGAAGGCUGGCUUUGAGAAGGCCGUCCAGCACAAAGAAAAACUUUUAGAAUAUGACAGAAAUAGUGUUAAGAGAACCCAGGUACUCGAUGAUGAGUCAGAUUACUUUGCGACCGAAUCCAACCAGUGGUUGUCUACCGCUGAGCGGGAUAAACUAAGAAAAAAGGAAGAGGAGUUGAGAGAACUUCGUCAUGUAUCUCGUAAAGACCGAAAGAUCACCUUGGACUUUGCUGGCCGAAAAGUGAUUGACGAGGGAAACAACCUGAACGAUUACUACGACAAAUUGGAUGAGACCCUCAAAGCAAUGGACAUUAACUCUGCGCUGAAAUCUUCUGUGCACUCCGAAAGACAAGGUGGCAGACAAAACCUCAGAGAACUGGUCAACCCAAACAUAAAGCAAGGUGCACCAGAAUGGGUCGAUGUUCAUAGCCGUGAAAACAACAAAAAGAACAUGGAGAAAGUGCAGAGUUUGGCGCAGGAUGGAAAGGAAGAACAGCGGACCCGCUUGCGCCUCCAAGACAAGGAGCUGCAAGAGAUGGCCGAUGGAGGCUGGUGUCUCAGCAUGCACCAGCCAUGGGCAUCUCUGCUUGUCAAAGGCAUUAAGCGUGUUGAGGGGCGGACUUGGUACACGUCUCACCGUGGUCGUCUUUGGAUUGCUGCUGCAGGCAAGAAGCCCACCCCUCAAGAGAUUGCUGAGGUGGAGGCCAUGUACCGUUGCAUCUACAACAAAGAGCCCAGAUUUCCCUCUGACUACCCCACUGGCUGCCUGUUGGGCUGUGUCAAUGUCACUGAUUGCCUUCCUCAGGAACAGUUCAAAGAGCAGUUCCCCAGUGCACGCGAGGAGUCUGCUUCGCCAUUUGUCUUCAUUUGCUCCAGCCCCCAGGAGCUCCUGGUGAAAUUCUCAAUGAAAGGGAAGCACAAAAUCUGGAAGCUGGAGAGUCACUACCACCAGGGUGCCAAGAAGGGGCUGGUCGCUUCCGCCGCAGAGUGAUUACUCAAGGAACCUACCGGUGGGACAAAAUUGGAUAAUUUUCCAGCGGUACCUCAGUUUUCAUUGUAAUUCGUUCCAAGAACAAAAUCAGACUGACAUUUUUUCCCAUUAGAAAGUAUGUACAGUGGGUCAAAAAAGUAUUUAGUCAGCCACCAAUUGUGCAAGUUCUCCC